UUAUAUUCAUGCGCCUGUGUGUGAUAUAAGCCGUAGAGGAGAAAAGAAGUUUGUUAAAAUUUACAUUAUUGAAAACAAUGAUGACAUUAAAAAUGUUGCGAAUUUGUAGGGGGCCGAUGUUAUCAGGUUGCAAAACCCAUACCGUGAAGAUAAGGAGAAAAGAGUUGACAAAUGGGCUGAAAUAUCUUAGCACAAGAAUCAACGAGGGUGAGCCUGAUACAAUUUGUGAAAUAAUCAAACACUGGAGUCACCGGUUUGAAAAUGAGGGUAUUUCGGAACCUGUUGAAUCAAUCGAACAUAUUCUCGCUCACGUACUCGGCUCGAAAAAGCCCUACAGUACCAACAUUAUUCAGAUAAUGGACUUGGCUGAUGCGCCGGAACAGCGGCUGUCCCCAGACCAAAUAAUCAAGCUUCAAUCCCUUUGUCAAUGCAGAAUGUCAAGAAUGCCUGUGCAAUAUAUCAUCGGUGAAUGGGACUUCAGAGAUAUUACGCUGAAACUAGUCCCUCCCAUCUUCAUACCACGACCAGAAACCGAAAUUCUUGUUGACGUCGUGCUCAAGAGAAUGGCGGAAGCUAAGAAUAGUCAUUACAUAGUACUGGAUAUCGGCUGCGGCUCUGGAGCUAUCUCUUUAGCUUUGGUUCACGCGAGCAACCAAAUGGCAACAUCACAGAUUCAGUGCACGUCUGUAGACAAAAGUUUAUACGCUUGCGAAUUGACCAGACAGAAUGCUGAGAUUUUAGGACUGCAGGAGAAGUUGAGAAUCGUAAACGCAGCUCUUAGGGAGAACGGUACAAUUAAAUCUCUGAAUGACUCUGAUCAUGGUAUUGAUUUUGACAAGCAGCAGUUCGAUAUAAUCGUCAGCAAUCCGCCAUACAUACCGACUGAAAAAUUAAUGGAAUUAGCACCAGAAAUAAAAAUAUAUGAGGAUCUCAGGGCUUUAGACGGAGGUAAGGAUGGUUUAAACUUGAUAAAAGCAGUCCUGAAGUAUGCGUCAAAAGCAUUGAUUCCCAGAGGUUUGCUGUUCAUGGAAGUCGAUCCUAUGCAUCCGGAAUACAUUGAAUUCUUCACCAAAAAAUAUACAGAUUUGAAACUAAAGCUCGAACACACGUACAAAGAUUAUUGCAACAACGAUAGGUUUGUUGAAUUAUCAAAAUUAGACUGAUAAAUCGCAAUUAGGAAAAAUCACUUCAAAUUUAUUUUUUAUUUAC